UGUGUGGAGAAAAGGCGGAGUCAGUGGCAGCUGGUCUCGCCCACGUAGAUAAAGUAGAUUCCGGCAGGUGUGCUGCGUCUCUCUCUCUCACGGAUCUCUGGUGACGUAUAGCUGCAGCAAAUGAAACCGAGUAGAUAUUUGGAUAUAAUUCACUGUCAGUAAUAACGAUGGCACCAGACUUUACUGAAGUAGUUUACUGAAGGCGGCUGGUUGAGACCCAGAGGGUUUUAGCGAAGGACAGAAGGAAACAGGGGAGCGGCACUCAGGGGAUGGGUGGGCCGACCCCUGCAGACCCCGGGUCCACCUUAAUGGAUUCUGGGGUUAUAGACACCCCCUCUGUCUCCCACAUGGACGUCCAGGGCUACAGGAGAGUAUGCUGGAGGGUGUGGCUUUGCCGCUUUGGAGCAGUCUGUUCUUUAGGGAUGCUGCUGGUCCUAUUCAACUGGCGCCCUCGACUCGCAGUUCUGGCUCGCUGCACCUCCUGCCCUCUUCCCAUGGCAGAUACUUUACUGUUGAGGGAUAUUUAUGGGCAGCAGUUUGUCAUAGAAGUAUGUACAGUGGAGGUUGAGGAGGGAAGUUUUGAGCAUGCAGGAGGAGAGGUGGACGAGAACGAGUGGAGAGACAAUGUUCAGCUGCACAAAGAACAGAAAACCGUUCUGCGAUACUACGUGUUUGAAGGCAUGCGAUAUGUGUGGAUGCCCAGAAAAGGGGCUUUCUGCAAAGUUAGUGUCCUCAGUGAGGGUUGGACUUGUGCUGACUUGCAUCGUCUUCAGCAGGGACUGAGUCGAGCGGACCAAAGCUCAAGGCAGCAGAUCUUUGGGGACAAUAUCAUCGACGUGCCUGUAAAAUCCUACGGACAGUUACUGUUUGAGGAGGUUCUCAACCCCUUCUACAUGUUUCAAGUGUUUAGUAUCAUCCUCUGGAUGUCAGAUAGAUACUACUAUUAUGCUGUUUGCAUCUUCGUCAUAUCGUUCAUCUCCAUCGCUGUAUCCCUGUAUGAAAUCAGGAAGCAAAGCACUACUCUCCGGCAGAUGGCCCAGCUGAUAGUGAAUGUCACUGUACGCAGAGCUACUGGAGAGGAAGAGUGUGUGAGUUCGGUGGAGCUGGUGCCGGGAGACUGUGUGGUGAUCCCUGCUGAGGGUCUGCUGCUGCCAUGUGACGCUGCCCUGCUGGCCGGGGAAUGCAUGGUCAAUGAAAGCAUGCUGACUGGUGAGAGCAUACCUGUGAUGAAGACCCCAUUGUCCGUCUCUGGGGAAACAUACAGCCCUGAAUCUCAGCGCAGACACACCCUGUUCUGUGGUACACAGAUAAUCCAGGCCAGGGGGGGACGUCCCGGGGGGAAGGGAGCGCUCGCUGUUGUUACCCGCACAGGGUUUUUCACAGCUAAAGGUGACCUGGUCAGCUCUAUCCUUUACCCACAACCACUGAAUUUCCGCUUCUAUCGGGACGCCAUGAAGUUCCUGCUGUUCUUAGGAUGCCUGGCUUUGAUUGGCACGAUAUACAGCAUAGUCAUGCUUUAUAGGAGCAAUACCACUUGGGAGCAGCUCAUUAUCCGAUCUCUGGAUAUUGUGACCAUCGUGGUGCCGCCUGCUCUCCCCGCUGCCAUAACCACAGGCACCAUCUACGCCCAGCAUCGCCUGAAGAAACACGGCGUGUUCUGCAUAAGCCCCCCUCGCAUCAACAUCUGCGGAAAGAUCUCCCUCUUCUGCUUCGACAAGACAGGAACUCUAACUGAGGAGGGUCUGGAUGUGUGGGGGGUGAAGGUCAGGAACAAGUCAGGGUUUGAUGAUCUCGUCCCGGACCCUCGUCUUCUCCCCCCGGGCCCCAUGCUGUCAGCCCUGGCCUCCUGCCACUCUGUAGCCUUGCUCGGGGAUCAGGCUAUUGGAGAUCCACUGGAGCUGAAAAUGAUCGAGUCCACAGGCUGGAGUCUGCAGGAACCCGCUAAUGAAUCGGGAGUGAGUCCUGAGUUUGGAAGCUACAGGACACUAGCAGUGAUGAGGCCGCCUGCUGCCGAGUUUCAGCCUGAAGGCAUAUCCAUCAGUCAGCCGGUGGCGAUAGUGCGGCGGUUCCCUUUCUCCUCAGCCCUGCAGAGGAUGAGCGUGGCAGUGGUGGGCCCUGGGGGAGGCUCACCUUGCAGCUUCCUUAAAGGGUCACCUGAGAUGGUGGCCAGCUACUGUGUGAAAGAAAGCGUGCCUUCUCAGUUUACGAACACAGUGCAGGAGUUCACGAGUGAGGGCUUCAGGGUCCUGGCACUCGCGUACAAGGAGCUGGGUGCAGAAACUGAUCUGAGCAGUAUUGAAAGGGUAGACCUGGAGAGGGACAUGCAGUUCCUGGGCCUGCUGGUAAUGAAGAACCAAUUAAAGCCUGAAAGUGCGGGAGUCAUCACUACUCUGAGACGCGCUCAGAUCCGUCCCGUCAUGGUCACUGGCGAUAACAUCCUCACUGCUCUGAAUGUAGCACGGGCAUGCAGAAUGGUGUCGUCUCAUGAAAAAGUUAUUUUUGUUCACGCGUCGCCCCCUACUGCCAACUCCAUGGCAUCAUUACAGUUUCACCGAGGAGAGAGUGGCGCUGCUUCAGUCAGCACGCAGGAGACCAUGGAUUUUCUGGACCAGGGCCUCUACCAGAACAGUCUAAAGUAUCACUUGGCUAUAAACGGAAAGUCCUUCGCAGCCCUGUGCGAUCAUUUCCCCGAGUACCUGCCCAAGGUUCUGAUGCGAGGCACUGUGUUUGCACGGAUGGCUCCAGACCAGAAGACUCAGCUUGUCAGAGCUCUACAGAAACUGAAUUAUCGAGUGGGCAUGUGUGGAGAUGGAGCCAAUGACUGUGGAGCGCUGAGAGCCGCCGACGUCGGAGUUUCCUUGUCCGAGGCCGAGGCGUCUGUAGCUUCUCCAUUUACCUCUAAAUCUGACAACAUCAGCUGCGUGCCUUUGCUUAUCAGGGAAGGAAGAUGUUCACUGGUGACGUCUUUCAGUCUCUUCAAGUAUAUGGCGUUAUACAGUCUGAUCCAGUUUUCAUCUGUUCUCAUACUUUACACUGUGAAAACCAACCUGGGUGACCUACAGUUCCUCUUCUUUGACCUGGCCCUGGUCACACUGCUCGCUAUAGUGAUGGGAAGGGGCGGCCCCAGUGAUGACCUCACCCCCCAGAGACCCCCAGCCAGCCUUCUGACUCUGCCGCUCACGUGCACUCUGCUCUUACACACACUGUUCCUGAUUCUCACUCAAGUGUGUGUCCUGUUCAUCACCAUGUCACAGGAGUGGUAUAUUCCUCUCAAUUCCACCCAAGCCGGGGCCGCAAAUCUGCCAAAUAUGGAGGACACGGGUGUUUUCGAUGUAUCAGGGUUCCAGUACAUCUUCAUGACUAUAAUAGUGACCAAAGGCUACCCCUACAAGAAGCCACUGUUUUAUAAUGUUGUGUUUGUAUUCGUGCUGGUGGUCUUGUUUACUGUGAUGUCGUGGCUGGUGAUGUUCCCCAGAGGCCCCGUGCACAGAGUGCUGCAGCUGUAUCAGAUCAAUGACAUGAGCUACAGCAUGCUGCUAGUGGCCCUCGCUGCUCUCAACUUCAUCAUAUGCUACUUUCUAGAGGACCUAAUUGAAAGAUGCGCCCCAGCCUGCCUCCGUGCUUUCCGUGGGAAACGGGAGUCUAAAAAGCAGUACAAGCGCUUGGACGCCCACUUGAGCGAAACUCCUUCAUGGCCACCUCUGAACCAACCCCUCCACCCCCCACAGUGUUCAGUCAUUGGAAUCAGCUAGCAUCCACUUCCUCCAACACCACUACUUUCCCCGCAUCCACCAGUGCCACUGAUCUGUUACCACCUCCUAAUGCUUCACACAGUGGUUUCCACGCUUACUCACAGGGGGUGGGGCGGGGGGCACAUGCUCUGCAUGUUUUCCCUGCUCCGACACAUUUGACCCAGCUCCGGAAGGGCUUUAUAAUUAGCUGAGAAGCUGAACCCCCUUGCUAAGAGUACGGCUGGCAACCACUGGCUUAUUGUGAGGAGUGUGUUGUAGAUCAAAUAUCAACUGCCUAUUAUAUAUGGCAUGUACAUUUUUUUAAUCACGGUGAACAAAAUGGGUAAACCUCCAAUUCUUUGAAGACAAAGAAAAAAUAGAACAAUGUAAUUAAAGGACUUUAUCUACUUAGUGA